GAUCCGCUCACUCUCUUAUCUAUCGUCUGGUGUCUCAUCCUUACGUACUGCAUCUUUUUCUUUCCCUCCGCCAUUGCUCCCUCUUUGUCCUUGUCUCCGCCUUUACUUUCUCUCUUCUUUCUUCUCGUCCGCUCUUGAUCGAUCUUCAUCUCAGCAUCUUCAAAUCCUCCCCCCACGAUGCGAGCCCGAAACAUCGUGGCCCUGACGGCCAUCGCCGUCUUCUGGUUCACCGUCCUGUUCCGCCGGCACAUCCACGAGCUGGGCGAAAUCGUCCUGACGUACAGCACAUUCUACCCGCUGCUGCAUAACCACCCCGACAUUCUGUAUCGACACCCGGAGAACGCCUCGUCCACCGAUCUUGAGGCGUCGUAUUCGUCUCUCGGCCCCGUCGUCGUGCCCAAAAUCAUCCACCAGAUCGCCCUGGGCAACGCCAGCGUCUCCAAGUACCAGGCCGCCAUCACCAGCUGCACCGAUCUGCACCCAGACUGGCAGCACCAGCUGUGGACCGACGUCAAUGCCACGGCAUUUAUCGCCGAGUUCUACCCCGACAUCCUGCGCUAUGCUUUGCUGCACCACUCGGGCGGCAUCUACGUCGACCUCGAUGUUACUUGUCGUGUGCCUCUCGACUCCACGCCCAUUGUCCGCCUGCCGUACGUGUCUCCCGGCGCUCACCCGGCCGGCGUCAACAAUGCCUUUAUCGCGACUGAGCCCGGCCAUCCGUUCCUGACGCAGCUGCUGGAGAACGUGCCCAGCCAUGACCUGCACUGGGCGCUGCCGAUGCGCAUCCCCUACGUCGAGAACAUGCUCAGCACCGGCUGCAUGUUCUACUCCAACCAGUGGAUGUCGUACGUCCGUCACCUCAUGAAGGGCCGCCUCAGACGCCCCGUCUACAUACUGUCCGACGAGCACGGCGAUAUGGCGCCUCACAUGCUCCGGGGCAAGGUCACGACGCCCAUCUUUGUCCACGGCGGUGCCAGCAGUUGGCACGGUUGGGAUGCCGCCUUGUUCCUGACAAUUGGCGAGCACUAUACAUUCUACCUGGGCCUGCUCUUUGUGGUCCUGACGGUCUUCUUUCUUGGCGCCUACUUCUGGACCACGUCAAAGCGGUCGUAUCGCCGAAGAUGCCGCCUCUUCCCCUUUGGCCGCGUGGCCUCCCGAAGCAGCUGGUCACCGACGAGGGGGAGGAAGCCCAGCAUCAGCCAAUCCAUGGUGUAAAGCGACAACCCGCUUACAUCCAUCUUACUUGAACAGUGACGGGCAUCAUUACCACCCCGUCCGUCACUUUACUUUGGCUUUCUCUCUCCCAUUCUCCGCACAGCGUCUCUAAAAUCCGCUCCGCAUACAUCAUCUU